GUUCCCCUCCUGCAGGGUUUAGGAGCCAUUGAUGUGGACGGAGAGACAGGGACGUGAGCCGCCAUGGAGGGCAGCCAGGGUGCCGGUGCGCCCCCCAUCUGCUCGGUGUGCGGGCUGAGCUUCGAGGGGCUGAGCUUCGAUGGAGGACCACAUGACGUGGCACAACAAGGAGAAGCAACAUGAGUGCGACGUGUGUGGCAUGGCCUGGCAGUACCCAAGCGAGCUGGAGACCCACCGGCGGGUGCACAUGGGAGAACGCCCCUUCGACUGCUCGGAGUGUGGCAAGAACUUCACCCGCUACGACAGACUGCUGCGGCACAACCACGUGCACUCCAGCGAGAGGCCCUUCACCUGCUCCGAUUGCAGCAAUAGCUUCAAGACGACGCAUGACCUGAAGUCCCACCAGCGAAUACACACACGCGAGAAGCCCUAUGGCUGCUCCACCUGUGGCGAGAGCUUUGCCUGGUUGUCGGGGCUACAUCGGCACCGGCGGACUCACAGCAGUGAGCGGCCCUUCACCUGCACCGACUGCUGCAAAGGCUUCAAGUCGUCCACGGACCUGAAGAUGCACAGGCGUCUGCACACCGGGGAGCGGCCCUACAGCUGCAGUGACUGCGGCAAGGGCUUCACCUGCUCCAACGACCGGCUGGUGCACCAGCGCACCCACACCGGCGAGCGCCCCUUCAUCUGCGCCGAGUGCGGCAAGCGCUUCAUAUGCUCCACCAGGCUGCUGUCCCACAAACAGGAGCACUCCGGCGAGAAGCCCUUUAGCUGCCCCGACUGUGGCAAGGGUUUCAAGGGGGCGAAAGAGUUGAAG